AUGCAGAGACCCGUUUUAAAAUCCGACCACCGUGACGGACCUGUCGACUUCCAUAUCGAAAUACGCCUCAAAACUUGUGGUCUGCUUCUCCGGAUUAACGACCGGAGAGUGCGUUACCUCGUAUCAUUCGAAGGUGAUAGAAAUGUGGUAGAAAAUAAUGAGGCAGAGACUGAUUUGAAAGAAAGCAUGAGGUACAUUGAUGAAGAAGGGAGCAUGAGAGGAGAAAGAGCGAGAUAUGGAGAUGAUAGGGUUUGCUUCAAAGCUUGGGACAGCAUUUGUAGAAGAAACAAAUUUGAAAAAGCAAGACACCAUCAGAUACGAGCUUCUUCAUACCAACAAACUCGUUCACUCCGUUAG